UUCUUCACUUAGGAUUUCAUUUCAAAAUCUAGGGAAAAAUUUAUUUUUGCAAUGGAGACCGGUGGUGAUGAUGAACAGAAGAUUUGCAGAAGAAAAAAUGGGAAAAGUUGGAAUUGCAAGAAUGUUAGUGGUGAUAAUAUUCUCCAAUAUUGUGAGAAACAUUACGGUCAAUAUUUAGAUCUAACCAAGAAGAUGGAGGAUGAGGAGGAUGAGAAGCUGCCUCCAGAUGAACAACGUUGUUCUCAAGCUUCGAAUGGCGGAUGGAGGUGCAAGAGUUUUAGGAUGAUGAUACUGUUCCUAAGAGUAGAUACUGUGAAAAACAUUACAAGUAUCAAUCAACGGAAUAUAAGAAGAAGAUGUGAUUUAAGAAGAAGACAAGUGGAGAUCAUGGUGAAACUACUGCAGAAGAAAUCAGCGGAUCCAAACGGAGGAGGAAGAAGGUAGAUGAUGGAACAGAAACUCAAAAUCUAGGGGCUACUAGUUAUAAUGACACCGUUGAUACAAUUAUAGAAGCUGGUAGUGGCAAUAUUAGAAGGAAGACGAAAAAUGUGGAAAGAACGGAAGGGUCUGGAGAACCAGAAUCAUCGACAAGAACUAGAGAACCUUUUGUUGAAUUCGAGAGUCUGGAGCAUUAUAAGACUAAAUGUUUUGAAUUGUCUCUGCAACUUGAGAACAAUAAAGUAGAGCUUGAGAAGAAGAAAAUCGAGUGCACUAAACUCCAGGGUCAGUUAGCAGAAGUCGUAGAAACUAGAAAGACUGCUGUUACAAAGGAGACUGAACCCACACCAGCGGAUGCAACUCAAUACUGGAGGAAGAUGUUCUUCGAUUUGGAGAGUCGAUUUCUGAGGACGGAAAACAGGGAAGAAUGUGUAGAGUGUCCCAUUUCAAAGUUAGGGAGCCUAGUCAUGAGGAGUGGAAAGGAAAAUUCAAUAUUGAGAUUUGUAGAUUUGCCUGAUUCUGUAAAUAUAGAGUCUGAAGCGCGGGGUUUGCAAAAUGAUGUUACUCAAAGUGUUGAAAACCAAAUAGAUGAAACCAGCUGUGGAGGGAAGAAGUAUUCUGAUGUGUAUGAGUUAGAAACCAAAGAGGAGUUGCUGAAUAUGUAUGGAAACCUUCAAGAAGGGAACACUGGGGGCUGUUCAGAGGAGACACCAUCUCAAGAUCAUUUGGAAAUGAGUAACAAGCAUUUUGCGAACUUGGUCUCAGAUGACAACAGCUGUGAAAGUCUCGGCGAUUCUGAUAGUUCUGAUGAUUCAGAAACUUCUCUUGGUGGCCUUCUGGACAGGCUGGAUAGGAAUAGGAAGGAAGAGCAAGAACUAAAAUGGAAGUUUGAGGCUGAUAUGCUUUAGAUCCUGAGCCCAAUAUGAAAGCGGUAUGCGCUCUCUAUAGACAACAUAUAGCUGAAGCCGAAAUAUCAACCAACAGGUUGUUUUACAAUUACAGCGAUGUGUUCAGGGCAACUACUUUGGCCAAAUUUCUAAUGAAUGGGGCCUGCCAAGGUGACCUUAAGAAGUCUGCAAAAGAGUUGGAGAAAUUCGAUUCUAAAGGAGUUGAAGACUGCAAGAGGCUGUCUAGAAGCUACUCGAAACAGUUAUUCAGCAUCUACCAAAACAGAAAAGAUCCUUUUUUCCUUCCAGCUACAAUGGCCAGCCAUGGAGAUCAAACUGCCAAGUGAUACAUUGUUGUGUAAGUGGCCUUCACUUUUUUGACUAGGCAUUACAAUCUUGCAUCUCCUUUUAACCUAGCCUCCUCCAAUUUUGCACACAUAUGAAAUCGGGGUCUGGUUAAUAAACCAAAAGGUAAAUUGGAUGUGUAUUGACUAACUCAAUAUGUAUUGAGUCUCCAAUUUAGUAACUGAUAUUAUGGUAGUCACACUUCAGGUUGUUUCAGUAGGUGUACAUGGAGAAAAGUAACCCUUGUUUACCUCAUGGAACUGAUAAUGUUAUACUCAUAGCUUUGACUUGGACCACAUAUCCUAAGUUCCAAAUGUGGCACCAAAGAGCAAACCAUUGGAUAUAUUUCUCCAUUUUUUUUUACUAUAACACAACAGUAGAAAUAAAGAUUUUUACAGCUUCCACAGUGAUAAAAAUAACUUAUGAUGACUAAAAGGCUCUUGGUAUACCAGUCCAAACUGGCUUAAACUCUAAGGGUAUAAUAGAACAAAGUAAUAAAAUCCCACCUACCAAAGUACUUAUAACUAAAGUACUUGAAGCUUCAUAAAUGUUGUAGAACUUGAAUUAUUUGUUAGAUCUGAUUUCAUUUCCAGAGCAAAAUUGACUUUUGAUAUGGAGACUAAGAAGAAGGCUGCAGGUGAUGAUGAACAGAAGAUUUUUACAAGUUGGAAAUGCAAGAAUGUUAGUGGUGAUAACAAUCUCCAAUUAUUUUUUUCAAGAAUAAAUUACAAUCAUAGUUCAGAUCUAACCAAGAACAUGGAGAUGAAGAAGCAGAAAUUCACCCCUCCAGAUGAACAACGUUGUUCUCAAGCUUCGAAUGGCGGAUGGAGGUGCAAGAGUUUUAGGAUGGGUCAUGGUGCUGCUGCUAAUGAUGAUGAUACUGUUCCUAAGAGUAGAUAUUGUGAAAAACAUUACAAGUAUCAAUCAACGGAAUAUAAGAAGAAGAUGCGAUUUAAGAAGAAGACAAGCACUGGAGAUCAUGGUGAAGGUACUGCAGAAGAAAUUAGGGGAUCCAAACGGAGGAGGAAGAAGGCCCCGGAGGAAGAUGGUGAAACAGAAAUUCAAAAACUAGUAGGGGCUACAAUUGAUGAUACCUAUGAUACAAUUAUAGAACUUGGUACUACUGCCAACAUUAGGAGGAAGACGAAAAAUGUUGAAGGGUCCGGAGAAGCUGUGGUUGAAUUCGAGAGUCUGGAGUAUUAUAAGUCUAAAUGUUUUGAAUUGUCUCUGCAACUUGAGAAUAAGAAAGUGGAGCUUGAGAAGAAGAACAUCGAGUGCACUAAACUCCAGGGUCAAUUAGAGGAGGUCGUAGAAACUAGAAAGACUUCUGCGACAGAGGAGAUUGAAUGGACACUAGCGGAUGCAACUGAAUAUUGGAGGAAGAUGUUCUCUGAUUCGGAGAGUCGAUUUCGAGGAUGGAAAAUCGCAAUUCAACGAAGGCAGAAUGCGUAGAGUCUCACAUUUCAAAGUUGGAGAGCUUAGUCCUGAGUAGUGGAAAGGCAAGUUCAAUAUCUUUGCGUGAUUCUGUAAAGAUGGAGUCUGAAGUGCGCGGUUUACAAAAUGAUGUUACUCAAAGUGUUGAAAAGCAAAGAGAUGAAACCAGCUGUGGAGAGAAGGAGUGCUCUCAUCUGUAUGAGUUGAAAACCAAAGAGGGGAUGCUGAUUAUGUAUGAAAACUUUGAAGGGAAGGGUUGGGGCUGUUCGGAGGAGAGACCAUCUCAACAUGGAUCACCAUCUCAAGCUCAUUUGGAAAUGAGUAAGAAGCCUUUUGCAAACUUGGUCUCAGAUGACGACAAUGGUGAAAGACUCGAUGGAUUUGAAGGUUCUGAUAGUUCUGAUGAUUCAGAAACUUCUCUUGGUGGCCUUCUUGACAUGCUGGAAACGAAAUAUAGGAAUAGGAACGAAAACCAAGAACUAAAAUGGAAGUGUGAGGCUGAUAUGCUUUCUUCAUUUGAAGAAGAUCCUGAGCUGAAUAUGAAAGCGGUAUGCGCCCUCUAUAGACAGCAUAUAGCUGAAGUAGAAAUAUCAACCAAGGGGUUGUUUUUCAAUUACAGCGAUGUGCUCAGGACUACUACUUUGGCUAAAUUUCUAAUGGAUGGGCCCCGCAAAGGUUACCUUAAGAAGUCUGUCAAAGAGUUGGAGAAAUUCGAUUCUAAAUGAGUAGAAGACUGCAAGAGGCUGGCUAGAAGUUACUCGAAACAGUUAUUCAGCAUCCACCAAACCAGAAAUGAUCCUCUUUUCCUGCUAGCAACAACAGCCAGCCAUGGAGAUCAAACCGCUAAUUGAUAUAUUGUUGUAGAUGUGUACAUGAAGAAUUCGGUUCAUCAGAUUUGCAGUAGAAAAACUGCGAAUUGGAGAUGCAAGAAUGUCAGUGGUGAUAAUGAACUGUAACUUUGUGAAAAACAUUACAAGAAGAGAAAGGAGAUGGAGGAGAAGAGUAAGUUGCCUUCAGAUGAACGGUUUUGUUGUUUAACUGGUGGUGGCGGAUGGAGAUGCAAGAAUUUAAGGUUGAGUCAUGGUGGUGCAGCUGAUGAUGGUGAUAAUAGUUUUGUUCCUAAGACCAAAUUUUGUGAAAAACAUUACUACUAUUUUGCAGAGAAAAAUAGAAGAAGAAUAAGAAGUGGAGAUAGUGGCUUGAAACAGAGGAAUAUGAUGAAACUGAAAUAGAGAAGAUACCUCUGCUGAUACAAUUGUAGAAGAAGGUGGUACUGCUAAAUGUCGGAGGAAGAGGAAAUAUGCUGAAAGAAUGGAAGGUUCUGGAGAACCAGAAUCAUCCGCAAGAACUAGAGAUCCUGCGGUUGAAUUGGAGAGCCUGGAGCAUUAUAAGACUAAGUGUUUUGAAUUGUCUCUGGAACUUGAGAAGAAGAAAUCCGAGUGCACUGAACUCCAGGGUGACUUAGUGGAGGUUGUAGAAACUAGAAGGACUUCUGCUACAAAUUAUACUGAACCCACACCCAUGGAUGCAACUGAACAUCGGAGGAAGAUGUUUUCCAAUCUGGAGAGUCGAGUUCUGUGGAUGGAAAAUAGCAAUUCCAAGUUGGAGAGUCUAGUCCUAAAGGUUGAAAAUGAAAAUUCAGCAAUGCUGGGAUGUAUAGAGACUCUCUGCAUGUCGAAGUUGGAGAGCCUAGGCCUGAGGAUUAUAAAUGAAAAUUCAACAAUGAUGGGGAUGUGUAGAGUCUCGCGUUCCCAAGUUGGAGAGCUUAGACGUGAGGAAGGAAAAUGAAAAUUUAGCAAGGGAAGGAUGUGUAGAGUCUCGCAUUUCUAUUUUGGAAAGUCUAGUCCUGAGGAGUAGAAAGGAAGGGUUCAAUGUUGAGAUGUAUUGAUCUGUGUGAUUCUGUAAAGAUAGAGCCCGAAGCGCUGAGUUUGCAAAAUGAUGUUACUCAAAGUGGUGAAAAGCAAACAGAUGAAACCAGUUGCCGAGGGAAGGAGUACUCUCAUGUGUAUGAGUUGCAAACCAAAGAGGAGGUGCUGAAUAUGUAUGAAAAUGUUGAACAAGGCAAGGGUUGGGGCUGUUCGGAGGAGAGGCCAUCUCAACAUGGAUUACCAUCUCAAAAUCAUUUGGAAAUGAGUAAGAAGCCUUAUGUGAACUUGGUCUCAGAUGACCACAAUGGUGAAAGUCCUGGCGAGUCUGAAGAUUCUGUUACUUCUGCUAAUUCUAAAGCUCCUCUUAGUGACCUUAAAGACAUGAUGGCGGUGAAUAAUUGGAAUUGGAAUAUAGGCCAAGAAAUAAAAUGGGAGUUUGAGGCUGAUAUGCUUUCCUCGUUUGAAGAAGAUACUGAACUCAGUAUGAAAGCCGUAUGUGCUCUCUAUCGACAGCAUAUAGCUGAAGUUGAAAUAUCAACCAAGGGGUUGUUCCACUACGGCGACGCGCUCAGACUCAGAGAUGGAGGAGAAGAAGAUGCAGCAGCUGCCUCCAGAUGAAGAGCGUUGUUGUCAUACUAGUGGUGCAAAUGGAAUCAAAUACAGAUGCAAGAAUUUUAGGAUGGGUUUUGGUGCUGCUGCUGAUGAUGAUACUGUUCCUAAGACUAAGCGUUGUGAGAAACAUUACUAUUAUUUUUCAAAGUAUUUUAAGAAUCUUAAAGAGAAGAAGACAAGUGGAGAUCAUGGUGAAGGUGCAGGUCCUGGUCCAGGUUUGGAUAUGGAGAGGAAGAAGCAGCAGCAGCAGCUGCCUCCAGAUGAAGAGCGUUGUUCUAAAACUAGCGGAACUGGAAAAUAUAAAUACAGAUGCAAGAAUUUUAGGAUGGGUUAUGGUGCUAGUGCUGCUGCUGAGGAUUAUGCUCCUAAGACUACUCGUUGUGAAAAACAUUACAAUUAUUUUACAGACUAUUUUAAGAAUCUUAAGAAGAAGAAUAAGACAAGUGGAGAUGGUGAAGAAACUAGGGGAUCUAGACGGAGGAGGAAGAAGGUAAUGGAGGAGGAAGAUGACCUCUCACUUGAUGAUACCUGUGACUCUGAUACAAGUGCAGGUGGUAGUUCUGCCAAUUUUAUGAUCAACAGGAAAGACGUCGACCAGACACAAGAGUCUGGAGAACUAAAAUCAUUGAGAGGAAUUAGGGAACCUGUUGUUGAAACUAGGGCGGCGAAACGGAGGAAGAUGAUGGUAGCUGAAGGUGACCGGUUCGUUGAUGAAACAAGUAAUCAACCAGCUACUAAUGAUAACUGUGAUUCUGAUACAAUUAUAGAUGGUGGUUCUUCUGAUAAUGAGAGGAAGAGGAAAUAUGCCGAAAGAAUGUCUGGAGAACUAGAAUCAUUGGCAGGUUCUGUGGUUGAAUUGGAGAGUCUGGAGCAUUAUAAGACUAAGUGUAUUGAAUUGUCCGUGGAGCUUGAGAAGAAGAAAAUGGAGCUUGAGAAGAAGGCAUUGGAGCUUGAGAAUAUGAAUGCGGAUCUUGAGAAGAAGAAAGUGGAGUGCACUAAACUCCAGGGUAAAUUAGCUGAUGUAGAAGAAACUAGAAAGACUGCUGCUACCGAUGAGACCGAAAGAACACCCGCAGACGCAACUGAAUGUUUAUCUUAUUUGCAGAGUCAAGUCCACAGGAAAGAAAAUGAAAAUUCAACAAAGGCAGAAUGUGUAGAGGAUCGCAUUUCGAAUUUGGAGAGCCAAGUCCUGAGGAUCGAAAGCGAAAAUUCAAGAAAGGCAGCAUGUGUAGAGUCUCGCAUUUCGAAGUUGGAGAGCCAACUCCUGAGGAUGGAAAAUAAAAACUCAACAACUGCGGGAUGUGUAGUUUCUCGCAUUUCGAAUUUGGAGAGUUUAGUGCCGAGGAUGGAAAAUGGCAAUUCAACAAUGGCAGGAUGUGGAGACUCUCGCAUUUCGAAUUUGGAGAGCCUAGUUUUUAGAAGUGGAAAGUCAAGUUCAACAUUGAGAUGUGUAGAAUUGCGUAAUUCUGAAAGGGUAGAGUCUGAGGUGCCAGGUUUGCAAAAUGUCAUUACUCAAAGUUGUGAAAAGCCAACAGAUGAAAGCAACAGUAGCAAACUUAAUGCUGAAACCAGCAGUGGAGGGUGGAAGGAUUCUCAUAAGUAUGACAUCGGCGCCAAUGAACUUCAUGAUAGAGAGUCAGAAUUUCCCAAAUACUCUGCUAUGAACAUUUCUUCUACAACUCUACAUUUAUCAAGCGAGGGUCAAAACGUUGAAGAGGGGAAGGGUUGGGGAAGUUCGUCGAAGAGAUCAUCUCAACAUGGAUCGUCAUCUCAAGAUCAUCUUGAAAUGAGUGCGGAGCCUUUUGCUAACUUGGUCUCGUAUGACGGUGGAGAAAGUUUUAGCGAAUCUGAAGAUUCUUAUAGUUCUGGUGAUUCAGAAACUUCUCUUGGUAGCCUUAUGGACAUGCUGGCGAUGAAAUAUAGGGAUAAGAACGAUAACAAAGAAAUGAAAUAGAAAUCUGAGCCUGAUAUGCUUUCUUCCUUUGAAAAAAGAUACUGAGCUUUGCGUGAAAGCUGUUUGUGCUCUCUAUCGACAGGAAAUAUCGGUAGACGAAAUAUCACCCAGGGGGUUGUUCUUUGAUAGUCUCCAAUUACUACUGCAUUGACUCUUUUCAUUUUCAGCUGCGGAAUUAAAUAGGUUGUUUUUUGAGUAUCUUAAUUAACCAUAUAAAAUAAGUUGCGCAAUCCAUUUAAUAUUUGGCUUUACAAUGAAUCCUUUGAUUCUUCCAGUUGUUUUUUGACUUGUAUAUCACAAUGUCCGAAGUCUUUAACUUUAUGCUUCGGAAUCAUAACGCGUUCAACAGGAAUGAUUAUAUCAGACAUUU